CACUCGUGACAGCCUUUUUAAGUUUCGAACAACGCGUUAAUCUGUUAGUGAGGAGGGACAGAUGGAGAAAUCUAAAAACUUUCGUAUCGACGCGCUUCUGGCUGUUGACCCACCAAAAGUGCAGACCUCGCCACUGGCGCUGGUCACCUCUUUCAUAUCAUCCCCUGAAAGUGUCCAGGCGUCGGAGUUGAACGCAAACUCCGAAUCACUACGGACAGAGACUCCCUCGCCCCCAAGGAUAUCGUCUUGCGGCUUGAUUCUCAAACCGGGUUUCUUGAACUCUCCACAUUCAGGUAUGGUCGGACUACACCCUCAGAGUAGCACGGGGAUUCCUCCGCAAGCUCUCUAUGGCCAUCCAAUGUACACUUACUCAGCAGCAGCGCUGGGUCAGCAUCCGGCCCUGUCCUACUCAUAUCCCCACGGGUCGCACCACCAUCAUCCCACUGACCCCCUCAAACUGACCGCCAGCUCCUUUCAGCUCGAUCACUGGCUCAGGGUCUCAACUGCGGGAAUGAUGCUCCCCAAGAUUCCAGAUUUCAACGGUCAGGCGCAGUCAAAUUUACUCGGGAAGUGCAGGAGACCAAGAACCGCGUUCACAAGCCAACAGCUCCUUGAACUUGAGCAUCAGUUUAAGAUGAAUAAAUAUCUAUCGAGACCCAAACGCUUUGAAGUGGCCACAUCAUUAAUGUUAACAGAGACACAGGUGAAAAUUUGGUUUCAGAACAGGCGUAUGAAAUGGAAGCGCAGUAAAAAGGCAAAAGAACAAGCCGCUCAGGAGGCCGAGAAACAGAAAGGUAAAGGCAAUCAGGACAAACUGGACGGACUGGAGCAGAAGGAUUAUCAGAAGGUAGACUCAGUGAAAAGUAACAGAAUACGGGACUUUAGGGACAGUGACGACGAAGAAGGGGAUAAUUAUAUGUUGCAUUCAUCUGAUUGUUCCUCCGAGGAUGAACGAACCAACGGCAGUGACACAAGUCCACAACAAUGAGACGUUUCUUUGUUCAAAAAAAGAAAAAGAAAAAGAAAAAGAAAAAAGAAUGUGAUUUGCAUGUUUUAUCAUCCUGCCGUCAUUAUGGAAAUCGGAGAACGAUUUGGUUGAGAGGGGGACAUCCACCUAAGUUGUUUGUAACUAACACAUCCAAAUAUUGACUGGAUUCUUCUCCUGAAGGUAGCUUGAUGUUAUGGCAUGUGGUAAAAUAGCAUUAGCCUACAUCAUGCAAAAUAAAAGUGUAUCACUAUCAAUAAUAAUUAGCAUCAGUAGAUGUUUCUCCUCCUGCGUGUUAGAGUUGAUUUCUGAACUCAAACCAUCAACGAGCAGAACCAUAUGUGAUCUGCUUAUUUUUAUACAAUGUAUUUAUAACAAAAUGGCUUUUAAAAUGCAUGUAAAUUAUUGCUCAGCUUUA